AUGCAAAAAGACGUGGAAGUAUUUCUGUUAGCUUUGAACAUCUUCCUUGCUAUCACAGCUUCCCUUGGCAAUGCCUUGAUCCUGAAUGCUCUCCCCAAAGUAACUUCUCUGCACUCACCAACAAAGCUGCUAUUUGGAAACUUAGCGGUGACUGAUCUCUGCGUUGGGCUUAUUUCACAACCUCUUUUCGUAACAAUUCGGCUUAGCACCUUUAUAAAGAUGAACACAGAAAUCCAGAACUACUUAAGGAACAUUGCCACUGCCAUCGAUUUCAUUUUGUGUGCAGUUUCCAUCCUCACCUUAAGUGCAAUAAGUGUCGAUAGACUUCUUGCUCUUUUGCUGGGAAUAAGAUACAGAACGAUUGUAAAUUUAAGGCACACUCGAGCUCUUCUGUCAUUUUUUUGGUUAACUGGAAUUGCAGCUGUAUUACUGAGAGUUUUUACGAGCUUUAGCGUUGCUGCAAUAGUAGGCGUCAUUUUUUUAAUCAUAUUUACAGUCAUCUCGGUUUUUUGUUACACAAAGAUCUUUAUGACACUUAAACAAUUCGAAACUCAAGUACAAAACAGAGGACAGCAGAGACGAGAGGGAAUGCCACCUAAUAUAGGGAGAUACAAAAAAACAGUUUGGAGCAUUGCGUGGGUGCAGUUGGCAUUAAUCGCAUGUUAUAUUCCUUUUAUUAUCUGUGCUAUAGUGAUAACGAUAAAGGGUUCGAGUGGUACUACAGCGAACACUAUUUGGAUAUUUACAUUCAGUCUGAUUUACGUAAAUUCUUCAUUGAACCCAAUUCUCUACUGUUGGCGGAUCAAAGACGCGAGACAAGAAGUGAAGGCCACGAUCAGACGGUUUUGUUGCCACUCAAGUUAGGUUAAACAGAUUGAAUGGUAGUGGUAUUUUGCAACGUUGUGUCUCUGAGGUUUAGUGAUCAGGGUUAGAAAACUGAGUGAAUAAUAUUUUAGGUCCGUUUGCCCUGUAUAAUGACCCUAAAUGGAAUGGAAUGGACAAACUGAGUUCCCUAACCCUAAUCACUAAACGUCACAGUCAUUAGGCGUUCGGCGGCCAUUCGACGUUCUACAAAAUACCCCUGCCACAGAUAGAACAACAGCGGUUUAAAAAGACGUGUAUGAUUAACUUUGGAAACCACCGGUGGGUCAAGACGUCCACGUAAAAACGUACAGUAAAACGCCAAAAUUAAUGUUAAAUAUCCCUCAAAUGUAGUAACAAGGCUAUUAUUAGUGUUUUCAGUAUAAUAUUGAAUAGCUUCCCUCUUUUACGCGGUUACGAACCAUUUUAAAACCAACCUACCAAAGUUAAAACGGACGGGCAUAUCUAAAACAUUAGAGACUAGCUUUAAAUUAAAGAAAAGAGCUUUCUACCAAAAAAAUUACUGGAGAGGGUGCACUAAAUUUUAAAAGGCUAAUAUCAAAAUAAUUUAAAUUAUAAAGGAUUUUGCAAUGUCGUCGACAUCUGCUACAUUUUUCACUUAUUUGAAGUAUAGAUUGAAUUCGCAGGCUAUGGAGGUCGCCUGGGCUCUUGAUCGUUUUCACUCACGUUACCAGUGCCAAAGUAAAUUUCGCGGAACAAAAGAAAACGUUUACAUGAGUACAGAGUUAAAAAACCCUUUAAAAUAUUAAUAUAACGGUAAAAGUUUUUACUAAGGAGGAGUAGUCUGUUUAAAUAUCGACACAUUUACUAUAGUCAUCAGAGUUAGAAUCAAGUUUACGGCAAACGUCAGAUUCAAUUUUGAUAAUUUCUCAAAGUAGGAGAUAGCCAAAUAACAAAUGAAAAUCAUUCUUAUGAAAGAAAAUGGCCUAAGACUUUCGUUACUGAAUAGAUAUAAAGAACCAAGAGCACAGAGUUAAGGAAAAUGAACAUGGUCACCUACAGUAUAAUUUGCGUUUACGUUUACAAUGAACGUGAUUCUAAAUUCUCUCUAUUAUCUUAAGUAUUUUUUUUAAAGUGACCAUUGCAGCUUUUUUAUUACUUAUGUGAUAAGGAGAAAAUAAAUACCAAACACCUCAAAUGUCUGUACACGGACACAAGUAUUUGUUGACAAAUUUUUAAAAACUCCUAAUAAAACAGAAUGACGUAUCGGUCACAAGGAUAAUUAUCAUGGAGGAAUAUGAAUUUUUCUGGUUACUGGUUUUUCUUGUAAGAAUCCCAGGUUGUAAGACCCAUGCUGUAAGAACCCCUGGUUGUAAUAAACCCUGGUUGUAGGACCCAUGCUUGCAAGACCACUCGUUGUAAGAACCCUGAUUGUACGAACCCCUGGUUGUAAGAACCCUGAUUGUAAGAACCCCUGGUUGUAAGACCUAUCCUUGUUAAAACCCCUGGCUCAAAGAUUCAGGGUAGUAGGAACCCCAGGUUGUAAGACCCCUCGUUGUAAGAACCCCCUGGUUCUAAAACCUCUAGUUGUAAAACCCCUGGUUGUCAAACCCCUGGUUGUAAGAACCCCGGGUCUAAGAAACCCUCCUUGUAAGUACUCCUAGUUGUAAGAACCCCUCGCUGUAAGACCUCUGGUUGUAAGGACCCCUGGUUGUAAGACCCCUUGUUGUAAGACCCCCUCGUUGUAAGACCCCUGGUUGUAAGAACCCCUGGCUAUAGGAACACCUGGGUGUAACAGUCCGGAAUAUCCCUAAAUUUAAGGACAGGGCCAACUGGUCACGCGACACUUUUCAACGUCUUGCUUUUAUAACUUAGAAAAGCAUUUUUUCGUGAUACUUUUUCAAGUUUAAAUGCGAUGCCUGCAAAAUUCACCAAAACAUUAUUAUGGAUUGUGCUCCCCGAACAAAAGUUUUUGAUAUUUUCUUCAUUACUCUAAAGAUGCAUUAUGUAUCUAGGUGAAGGCACGAGAUAAUGGCUUCUGAAAAGAAGUGACUUAAGGCAGCGGUAUCAUCGUGACAAAGCAUGUUGUAAGUUAUAAGAACUUUGGACAAAAUGGUGCUUGAAAAUCUCUAAAAGACAAAAAUCAUCGCUUAAUCGCUUUAAAAAAAAAUCCGUUUUUCUAACUAUAUACGAUCGAUACUUUUACAAUCUUGAAAGCUGUGUUUGAAGUUCAAAACGAUAAAAAAUUUAGAUCUUUCCAAAAGGCUUUUGUCCACGGUUUUGGUUCAAAUUGGCCAUUUUUCCAUUCUUUUUUUUAUGCAGUAUAAGCCGGGAAAAUGUUUUUUUUUAUUAUAUUCUAAAAGGGAAUAAACGCCUUUCUACAAAAACAAAACGUUCAAACAGUCGAAAAAUUGAGAUUUUUCUAAAGGGGUUAGUCCAUGGUUUUGGUCAAAAAUUGGCCAUUUUUCCAACUUUUUUUUCUAGGCAAUAUUGCCCACCUUUUGCAAUUUUUAAUCUAUGCCGCCCCCCCUCUUCUACUCUUGGCAACGGACGAGAGAAAACGUUUUCAAUACCUAAAAAUAGUCUUAAAUAAUAAGAACGAGAAGUCCGAAGACUACAGCAAAGCUGAUUAAAAACAACGUGUAUUGUUUUUUAUAACAAUAUUUCGGCUGGCCAUAUCAGCCUUCUUCAGGUUUACAGAUGUUACUGAACGUAUGUAGCAAUCACAAUAUUAUAUAGAUGUAGAACGUCGCAAUAAAAGGGAGAGACGGAAAUGACGUACAACAUAAAAACUGGAAAGGAAAAAUACUAAAAACAAUACACGUUGUUUUUAAUCAGCUUUGCUGUAGUCUUCGGACUUCUCGUUUUUGUUUCUUUAUAUUUUGGCUGAUUUGAUCUCUUUUCUAGAGAUCCAACGUUUACAACUAACAGGAUCUUCCUUUAAUCCUUUAUUAAAUAAUAAAACUGGGCCCUUAUUGUUAGCAUUUGGUUGAUACAAAGACACGUUUUAUGUUUUUAAAAAGAUAGCAGAUGUCAUAACAUGGCCCCUUUAAGCCCAUUUGGGUUUCACUGCAGCCAAUACAGUGGUACCAAUUAAAUUUAAUCAAAAAGUUCUUUUUUUUUUAACAGCUUGAGUUACCUCUUUUACUUAGUUAUUAGCAGCGAUAAAACCACCCUACCAAAAUCGAUAUCUACGAGCAUAUCUGAAACGUUAGACACUAGCUUCAGUAAAAGACGAAACAGAUUAACCAAAAGGGGCAUUGAAUUGUACAAGGUUAAUAUCAAAUUUAAUUUGAAUUAAAAAAAGGAUUUUAAAAUGUUACCGACAGCUGCUAGGAUACAUCACGGUAAAGUGUAAGUCGCCGACACUAUUAAAACAAGGAAACCUUUUCUUUUCUUAGGGAAGAAGAGAGUUCAAAUAUGGCCAAUAGUCUAACUAAAAGUGUUAGAUUGAGAACAACGUAGGAAAUAUACUUGAUUUAUUACGAUGUUUUCUUUUGUCGUUUUAAUUGUCUGCGACGUAAUUGAAUGACUGUAAAGGAUCAAAGUUGAAACUUAUUCUUAAUGGAAGCUUUUGUAUAAAAAGGAGAAGUGUUAUGUGACGUUGCCAUGGUAGCAAUAUUUUAAUAUUUCAUGAUCAAUCUUUUUUGACAGAGAAGGGUCAUUUGCACUGUGGAACGACGGAAGAAAACUAUGGCCUACGGUUUUGUUCCUGAGUGCAAUCGUGCACAAAGAAGUCAUACGUGUCGACUUUUUUCGCUUUUCCUGCCACGUUUGCCGGACCACGGUCUGUUGAGAUCCAGAAAUUUACAAUGCCAACCUAACGUAUUCUAACAACUUAAUUACCUAUAUCGAUACCUAUAUCUGGCGGGGGCGUUUCUUCGUUGUGCGGAAACUAUUGAUGACCUGCUACCAUGUUUUUGUGGUGUGGUUAUACCGUUAAGUAUAUAUUGUUCAGUCCUUUAUAUUACGACAGCUGGUGAUCGCACUCGUCUGUCACGCCAUGAAACUACCCGUUCGAGGAGUCCCUCUGGCAUGGGAAACGGCUAAACCAAGCGAGAUGAUGGAUCAACAUGGAAAAGCGUCAUCUCUAGCCCUGCUUCCUAUCAGGGAGGGUGGGUAGGUCGUUAUCAGAAUUUUUCACCGACUUAGACGUUAAGAUUAACUUUGUUCUAGCUUGUGUAUCUCUUCCCAUCGAUAUUAGCCGACCAUUUCUUUAUCCCUUAGGCAAAAUCGCUUAUUAAAACAAGCAUUGAGAAGCUACAUACGUUAGGGAUGAUCAAGGCGAAAACAGGAUACAAGUUUAAUUAAUAAUGACUUGUGACAUUUUCAUGAUAUUGCUUUAACCCGCACGGAAACUCUCCAUUUUUAGAGUGAAAUUACCCAUAAAGAGCGAACUUAGUCGAAAGCUAAUAUUGCAUUUUUGACCCUCUAACGGAAGAUCUGGUAGGAAGGGGUGAUGAGUAAAACUCGGUUUUGGUGCCAAGAUGGGCAUGGAGACUUAAAUCAUGAUCCAGAUUGUUGUGGAGGUAUUCAAAAGUAAUUGGGCCAAAAUCUUUACUAGUGGCUAUUUCAACGAAGUUUGCAGCUCACUUUCGCCAGUGGGCCCAUGUCACAAUAUCCUUUUGUAUGUAAAUUUGUCCAAAGUUAAAGUGCUGUAUUUUUCUUAACAACACGCCCCCAAAUUAAUUUAACUUUAAAAUUGAGAGUUUAUCAAGAGCAACUGGUCAUACCUUCCUUCCUUAGACGAAGAUAACACGUUUGCGCCUCCAUGAUUUAAACUCGAAAACAAUGACAAGUUCUGAAGAAGUGAACAUCACAACCUUGCUGACCCAAUUAAUCCCAAUGCAAACAGACGUGGAAGUAUUUCUGUUAGCUUUGAACAUCUUCCUUGCUAUCACAGCUUCCCUUGGCAAUGCCUUGAUCCUGAAUGCUCUCCCCAAAGUAACUUCUCUGCACUCACCAACAAAACUGCUAUUUGGAAACUUAGCAGUGACUGAUCUCUGCGUUGGACUUAUUUCACAACCUCUUUUCGUAACAAUUCGGCUUAGCACCUUUAUAAAGAUGAACACAGAUAUCCAGAACUACUUAAGGAACAUUGCCACUGCCAUCGAUUUCAUUUUGUGUGCAGUUUCCAUCCUCACCUUAAGUGCAAUAAGUGUCGAUAGACUUCUUGCUCUUUUGCUGGGAAUAAGAUACAGAACGAUUGUAAAUUUAAGGCACACUCGAGCUCUUCUGUCAUUUUUUUGGUUAACUGGAAUUGCAGCUGUAUUACUGAGAGUUUUUACGAGCUUUAGCGUUGCUGCAAUAGUAGGCGUCAUUUUUUUAAUCAUAGUUAUAGUCAUCUCGGUUUUUUGUUACACAAAGAUCUUUAUGACACUUAGACAAUUCGAAACUCAAGUACAAAACAGAGGACAGCAGAGACGAGAGGGAAUGCCACCUAAUAUAGGGAGAUACAAAAAAACAGUUUGGAGCAUUGCGUGGGUGCAGUUGGCAUUAAUCGCAUGUUAUAUUCCUUUUAUUAUCUGUGCCAUAGCGAUAACGAUAAAGGGUUCGAGUGGUACGACAGCGAACACUAUUUGGAUAUUUACAUUCACUCUGAUUUACGUAAACUCAUCAUUGAACCCAAUUCUCUACUGUUGGAGGAUCAAAGACGCGAGACAAGAAGUGAAGGCCACGAUCAGACGGUUUUGUUGCCACUCAAGUUAG